GCAGCGCCUGGGAACCGUACCCGUGUUAUAUACUACGGAGGGAGAAGAAGGAAAAAGGAAAGUAAAAGAGAACACAACCACGAAAACAUGCCUUUUGAAUUCUCACUUGGGUCUUUCAGAGGACAGUCUAGCUACCUUAUGCGCUCGAGAAGGGGUUUGAGCUGGAACAACCUAUCUCCGUCGUUGACAGCCCUCGUCCGAUUACCCGGAAUGUCCGCCGCAGUAGUUAAUUUCUCACUGGGGCCUCACGGACACUACUGGUUCCAAUACAAAGGCGAAAACGGGGAAGUCGUAACGGAGACCCCUCAAAACCUCUGGCCAUACCUCCGCUACAACCCAAACUCUGGGCUCGAGGUCACCCGGCUAGAAUUCGGUCAGGAAAAGACCUUCUGGGGCACCAAUGACUGGAUAGAAAACGAACAAUCCUACCAGAGCAUAUUCUUCAAUAACCUUCCACAGGGACUAGUGGACCAGAUCACCGAGCUGGACAAUUCCGGGCAGUUGGAGAGUUACAGUGACAUCGGUAUUCUAGCGCUUGGGUGUGGGAAUUCCUGGGUUUUGGGAUGGAAGGGGUGGAUUUGGUCGGAGGGGAUUGAUCCAGACCUUCUUGCGGCUUUGCAGGUGGGUGAGGGUGCUGCUGUCACUCCGUUGGCGUGAAGAAUGUCUGCUUGUCUCCUGUGCAGACGGACUGCUGGUGGGUAGAGUAUGGUGACAAUACUACGCAAUUCCGGAUUCCGACGGCGUGGAAUAAUGCUGUUUCGCUGUUCGCCGCGCCCCAGUAUGCCUUAAAGAAGAAGAAGGCUAGGGGUGCAGUGAGGAGUAUUAGUGUUGGGCUUAGAAGCAUCUCGCCCUAUGCUGGUGCGGUUGUGGCAGUUGCGGCUUGUAAUGUAACGUAGCUACCAUAAGUCAAAAGAUAUAGAAUUGUUUGCUCC